AUUUUCGUGUAUCUCCUCGCGAUGGCUGGAUCAGACGCUGGAAUCUCUCAUCUCAGCCCGGUAGCGCUUGCAUUGGACGAUGUUCUUGCGCGGCGGGAGCGCAUCGAGCGCGCAUUCCAAGAGCUGGAGUCCCGGCGGGCCGCGCUGGAGAGCUGCACGAUCGAGUGGAAGCAGCUUGAGGAGCACUUCGCUCAGGUGGAAGCGGCGCUGCGGAAGAGGUACGAGGAGCUCAGCGAUCGCGAGAAAGCCCUAGACGAUGUGGAGGAAGGGCUGAGCCGGAGGGAGGAGGCGAUCGCCGCGCGGGAGGAAGCAUCGCUGGCCAGGGUCCAGGAGCAGCGCGAGGCAGCGAUCGCGGCCAUUGUGGAGGAGAAGCGGCGAUUGACCGAGGAGCGGCAGGCCAUCUAUCUGGAGAUUCCGGGGACAGGGAUUGGAAAUAUCGGCAACCCGGAGGAGAAUUGCGGAUCCCCGGCCUCGGAUCACGAUCCUCUCGCCGCCCAGCAGCAGCAUUCCGAGGAGAGCAACGAUUCCCCCACGAACGGGCAAGGCAGCAGUGGAACACCCACGACAGAAGCAACGCCAGUGCCAUCGCCCGCCCCAAAGCAGCCGACGGUCAACUCAGUGGUGGCGGAGGUGAGAGUUCGUCCAGAGCUUAAAACACUCUGUGAGAACAUGGACGGGGAAGGCUUGAGAAGGUACGUGAGUGAGCAUAGGAAGGAUGUGAGUGCAUUGAGGUUGGAGUUGCCGGUCGCAAUUCGGUGUGCCAUUGAUCCGGCUCGUCUCGUCCUGGAUGCCCUUGAGGGGUAUAGCAUCCCGUCUGAUAGUGAGAGUGGUGGUGGUGGUGAUAGAAAGGAGUCAGGGGUCUCGGCCAAUCGCCGUGCUUGUGUGCUCAUCUUAGAGAGUGCUGGCUCGGCUUUGGCCGACCCGGUUCUAGGAGUCGAGCAUCCGGUGGUGCCGUUUAACAUCAAGGAGCGUGCCAAGGAGCUUGCUGGCAGAUGGAAGUCUAGGAUGGAUGUCCUCAAGGACUCUAGCGGUGCUGUGGCAUCGGAGAAUUCAUUGGACGCGCAGGUGUUCUUGCAGCUCCUGGCAACUUAUGGGAUUGCCUCCGAGUAUGAUGAUGAAGAGCUUUGCAGGCUUGUGACCACUGUCGCACGGCGCAGGCAGUCUCCUGCGCUUUGCAGGGCCCUGGGACUGGCCCCGAAGAUACCAGAUGUGGUGGACAAGCUUGCGAAGGAAGGAAAGCAAGUUGAGGCACUGGCUUUUGCUCAUGCGUUCGAGAUUAUGGAUCGAGUUGAACCUGUGCCGCUGCUCAAAGCCUACCUCAAAGAUGCUCGAAAGUCAGCUCAAGUGAUCCUGAAGAACGGCAACAACUCAGCUGCCGCACAGAACGACUCGUCGAUGAAGGAGCUGUCAGCUUUGAAAUCUGUCAUCAAGUGCAUCGAGGAAUACAAGCUGGACGCUCAGUUUCCUCCGCAGUCGCUGCAGAAAAGGAUCGAUGUGCUGGAGAGGGCCAAGGCCGACAGGAAACGAGCAGCAGUUGCUGUCAAAGCACAAGCCAAGCGUCCUCGAGCUUGCAAUGGAAAUGGAACUGUCUAUGGAAACGGUGAAAGGAGCUUCUAUCGGCCAUCGGACAGAGCUCAGUUCGGUGGCGUCGGCCUCUCUACCUACGGGUUGGCCUCCCAGACAGGAUAUGACAGGAGGAACCAAGGGGGGUUUGCAACGACGACAUACACUGGAAAUCGAACUCCAGUUUCAAUGUCUACCUCAUAUCUGUAUUCGGCUGACGGGCUGGGUUCGUCGCUCUACGGGUCUGCAGCUUAUGGGAAUCCUUCUUACAGCAGCUACCAGUUUGGAAGUGGACUCCCUCCGCCACCCCCAGCUUAUCAAGCGUCCUUCCUGCACUGAGGUGUAAGUUUCUAGUGUUGUUUUCCUUCUAGUUUACUGAAGUGUAUAGGGUUCAGGGUUUUGGGGGAAUGCGGCCUAGCUG